GUUUAGGUAGGACAAUGUAACUGAAAUUAGUAAAUCAUUUAUUAUUUGGUCGAUUGGGUUAAUUAAUAUUUCGGAAAUCAUCCAAAGGGGCGACAGAUUAGUAUAUCACCAUGAUUUUAAUAUUGUUCUGUCGUCAUUUAAAGUAUGAAACUUGUAGGUAAAGUUUGCCUAGCAACAAGACGCCAUCCCUUUGCUACAACAACAACGUCCAUUCGAACUGUAUAGACUACUUAACAACUUAAUUGUAGAUGCUUGUUUUUCGAAAGAUUGAUCCAGAACUUUGAAGAAUUGAGAGAAGCAAAAAUAUAGAAUGUCAGCAGCUGUGUUAUCUGAGCCCCCUAGCUCUGUCCAGAGUGGGAUACCAUUGCAAGAGAAGUACACCAUAGAACACAAGUCAGACCUUCUAUUACAAGAACAGGUGGAGAAUGUAAGAAAUACUCAGGAUCAACUUGAUAAGUUGAUAACUGAAUUACAAAUAACCCGCAGCAAAAGAGAAGUUUCUGUUAUCCAGGCUAAAGUGGAAGAGUUGAGGAAGCAAUCUGAAUAUGAAGUUUUGAAACUACAGGUUGCUAGCAAAAUCAGUCAUGAGUUAGCCCAUACAAGAGCUGACUUAGAGAGGGCACUUGCAGGGAGAGGAGAUAUCCCUGCAUGCCGCAAAAGAGUGGCAUGGUUGGAGGGGAGAAUGGAGAGGGUCAUGGGGAAACAACGAUUAUCUAAACAUGUGUGCAAGCAAUACAUCUCUUCACCAAAGAAAGUGACAUCAAGCACUGAUGUUAUAAACAGAGCAGCUCCUCAGGAUUUCAUAAAUACCAGAUCAGCAGUGGUCCUGUCUUUCAAUGAUGAUGGCUCUGCUGGGAACAAGAUAACACAGGCAUCAGACAGUGUGUUGUCAGUUCAUGCCGAUGAAGAAGAUUCAGUUAUAGCUGACAACAGCACCCUGCACACCGGAGAUGAGAUUGACCAUGUGGAAAUCAAGUCUCCUGCAAAGCAGACAGUCUGUGAACCCUCAGAUGGUAUGAAGGAAUUCUCUGAAGAUUGUGAAAGGCCCAGGCUAAUUCACAGUGCUCCUGCUGGACAGAUUGCAUGCCCUAAAGAGGAUGAUGAUGUAGGCAUAAGAGAGCAUCCUCUAAUUAGACUACAAAGUGAAAGUGAAAGUCACCCGGGAAGUCAGAUUAUUGAUGAUAUUUCAGUUAGCCAGAUAGACAAGUCAAGUGUCCGGGAAAGCCAAGUCAGUCUUGUUCCUGUGGGAGGUACAGCUAGUGAUGAAAUUAAAUCAGAAAGUGAUAGAGAUGAGGCUAUGAAGUACUGGCAGUCCGAACACCACCGCUUUGAGUCCAGUGAGAUUUCUCGUGCACUGUGUGAUGCUGAUCCUUUGUCUUACCACCAGAUGGCAUUAGCCAUUCCAGGAUCUUUCUUGUCUCGUUCUCAGAGUGACAUGCUGGCAUUACCUUGGAGACCUCAUCGCAAGGGCAGUGACAUUCAAGACAUACAUAAAAUAGCUCUCAACAAGUUGAUGGCUCGCUUGAACCAGAUGUCAGAUAAGGUGUACAAUGCUGCCAUGUUGUCUGUCAAGUCAAAGCCGACAAAACCAGAACUGAAGCCAGAGGCUAGCUUUGCGCAGAGUUAUGACACUGGGAGUAAGAUCUCUUCAGAUGACCGAAAUAAGGCUGAUGUGCCAUCAGGUGAAAAGACAGAUGUGAACAGUUCCCUCCCCAAACUACAGCUGAAGAGACUUGGCACAUCAGGGUCUGGGUGCAUGGUGUACUACCCAAACCCUAUACCCCCUCCACAAAAACUACCACUUACCAGGACUAACCAUGAGCUGGAGUUUCCUCGCCUCUCCAGCUAUUACUGUGACGUGACAGAUGACAAGAGGAAACCUGCGCAGAGAAUCGUAGAUCAACAUAACUUAUAUGAGGAAACAAAAUUCAGUUUGUAUCGGGAAUCUUCCAGAGGAAGCCUGGGUGGUCCUAGUGCAACAGAAAAACGUCUUCGUAAAUUACUGGAGAGUGAUGGCACAUGCACAGUCACGGCUUCCGCCAGGACAUGGGAUCUAAAGAUUCGGCACUUUCUAGUGCCAAAUCUCUCUCACCAAUGGAACUCUCUAAGUUGCGAAGGUACACACUACAAAAAGAAAAGACGGAAGAUCAAGUCUCAUUUUGCUGUGGCAAAGGCAGUAGCAAAACUGAAAGGACCUAACAAAUGGACCCUUUUGAAGCCCAAAGGCAGUGGGAUGGACCACUCUGGCAUGAAGUGGGAAAGAGUCAAGACUCUUGUGCAUAUAAACCUGGUAUCAGAGAGAGUAGAGGAGAGAAUAGAUGCAGCAAAGCAUCUUGGACUACUCAAAUGUUCUGAUGCCAUGGUGUUUUUUGCGCUCAAAGAGAGAAUCCAUAAAGAUGAAGAGAAACGUGUACAAUACGAGGCUGCAAAGUCUCUAGUUCUUAUUGGUUGUUGGGAUGAUGAUGUCAUGGAGGUUAUUCUACAGUUUCUGGUGAUUGGGAACUCAGAUAUUCGCUCUGAUCUCAUCAACACCAUGGCUGAGGGCAAAAACUUGCAAUAUGUGGAUAAGAGUACAGUGUCAUUCCCUGAAUUGGUCAAGGUAUUGAGUCAUUUCUGCAGAAAUCCAGACCCAGAUGAGAUAGCCUUUGAUGCUGCCAUUCUGUUGGGGAAAAUGUGUGUGGCUGAUAAAUAUGCCAAGGCUCGACUGAAGUCUGCACUACAUCAAGACUAUGACACACAUCAUAAAGCUAAGGCUAUAGAGAUUUUGAUCAAGCAGAUGAAUUGUACGGACUGGGAGGUGGUAGAGGAAGUGCUGGAGUUACUGAGGGUGUCCCCCGUGUGGAAAUACAGGGACUUGGCAGCAAAACUUCUCAUUCUCUUAGGGAUCCAUUCUGUAUGUAAGGAUGAGAAAGUAGAGAAAGUGUAUGAUCUGCUGGAGAGGAAGUUGUGGGAUGAACCAAUCACAGAGGUGCGUUUAUCAGUGGCUAAGACAAUCACUGCAUUGAACAUGUUCCCUAAAGCAAGUGAAAGAGUUGAACAGAGACUAGAAGAUACUGAUGAAAACAUCAGAGCUCAGGCUGUGAUAUCACUGGGCACAUUGGGUAUGAAGAGCGAGAAAAUCAUCCGACAACUGUUAGAGAUGAUUGAGUUGGAUUCCAGUGAAUAUGUCCGUAUCAUGAUUGUGAGAACCUUUAAUACUCUGAAUUGGAAUGACAAGCGCAUCAUUCGUGUGCUUCGGGAAAAAGAGAGGUCAGAAGGAGUCUUGGCCAUGGAGGCGAGGAAAGCAUUGAGUGUUUUACUGGGCACAACAGGAAAAUCCAAGACUACCAGGAAUUUGUGAUAUUUUUAUAAUUCAUUAAAACUUAAGAGUUUAGCAUAUGGGAUAGAACACAGUGGCAGACACUUGUUGAGUUUUUUGUAUUGUCAGUGUUGCAAAUGUAUCUGCUUCAAAUUUGUAAUUAUUUAUUUAUGUAUUUAUUUGAUCGGGGCUUUAUAUCAUACUUAAGAAAAUUUUACAUAUGACUGUUAGGUUUAUAGCUGGAAAAACUAGGAAGUGUU